AUGAACAAUUUGGAUAAUCUUGCAGGAAAUAUGUCCAAUUUAACGAUUCAAGGUAAAGGGAAUGAAACUCUGAUAUCAUUAGAUGAAUAUGUGAAUAAUAUUUUACCAUCUCAUUUAAAAAAAAUAUUUUCAGAUAACUUACGUGAAAAUUAUCAGAUACCAAGAGAAUUCUUUGAAAGUGCUGAACUAUCUGGUAUAAAUAAUAAAAUAGAUCAAGAAAUACAGAAAUAUUCACAUUUAUUGAAAGGUUUAUCUAAUAAUGGUCAAACUUCAUUUGGUAGCUAUUUAUCAAAUUCUAAUUCUUUCUCUGGGUGGUCCUUUAUUGAAGGGUUUAUUAUUGGACAAUUUUCUGUUAUAAUAGUAUUAAUAUUCUUUAUCAAAUUUUUUGUUUUCAGUGAUGGAAGUUCUUCGAAUUCAUCCAAUCCAAAACCCUCUUUAAAUUCUAGAUCAGAUAGAACUUCGUUUAGUUAUAAAUCUAAUUCGAUGUUGUCAAGCAAUUUUUUCUCUUCAAUAAUGAAGAGAGGUGGUAAGACGCAUUAUGAAACAGAUAUAGAUUCUGGGAAUACUAAUAGAUUAAAUACCAUCCUCGAAAAGGUGUAUUAUGAUGUAGAUACACAUCCUUCAGAAUCUUUGGAUUGGUUUAACGUCCUAAUUGCACAGACAAUUCAACAAUUUAGGGAAGAAGCUUGGCAAAGAGAUAAUAUUGUUCAUUCUUUAAAUGAUUUCCUUCAUAGUAAAUCUUCUGAAAUGCCAAGCUAUCUAGAUGAUAUUAAAAUAACAGAGUUGGAUAUUGGUGAUGAUUUCCCAAUUUUUUCAAAUUGUAAAAUUCAAUAUUCUCCCAAUUCCAAUAAAAAGAAAUUAGAAGCAAAAAUUUAUAUAGAUUUAAAUGAUAGAUUGGCCUUCGGAAUUGAAACAAAAUUGUUGGUUAAUUACCCAAAACCACGUACCGCAGUUUUGCCAGUUAAUUUGACGGUAGCUAUUGUUAGAUUCCAGGCUUGUUUAACUGUAUCAUUGACAAAUGCAGAAGAUUUUGUACCAACUACAAAAGAGACAGCCUCUUCCCAAGAUGAUGACGGUUACUUUUUAAUGUUUUCAUUUGGACCAGAAUACAAAAUGGAUUUUGAUAUUGAAUCAUUAAUUGGUGCAAGGUCUAAGUUACAAAAUAUUCCAAAAAUCAGCUCUGUUAUUGAAUAUCACAUUAAAAAAUGGUUUGUCGAAAGAUGUGUAGAGCCAAGGUUUCAAUGUAUUAGAUUACCAAGCAUGUGGCCAAGAAGCAAAAACACUCGUGAAGAAAAAGUUGAUACUGAUGAUGUACCAUUAUCAAAAGCAGAAUAA